AAACCCUUAAACCGUAGACCUCUUUUUCCAUGCAAAAUUCCUCCCUUCUCGAUCCUCUUUUCUUUUAUCUCUCUCACUUCUUUUCUUCUUCUCCCUCUGUUUAUCAUCUUUCUCUCUCUCUCUCUCUCUCUCUCUCUCUCUUUUUCUCUUUCUCUGUUCCUCUUUUGAUACUUCUUCCUUCUCUCUCCCUGUUCUUCUUCCAUCACGACUUCCAUCUCGGUGCGUAGAAAGAAGACGAGACGUUCUCCAAGUGGGUAGCUGCGCAACGCGAGUGCACGAAUGCAACACAGUCCUCCUCCUCCUCCUCCUCCUCCUCCUCCUCCUCUUCCUCCUUUCUCAUCUCUUUCUCUCUCUCUUUCUUUCUCUCUUUCUCUCUUUAGGAGUAUAAGUCGUCAGAGUCUCCUCUUCGCCCUUUUUAUCUCUCGUCUCCGUCGCAAGGACGCUCGUGCACCUUCCUCUCCUCCUUAUCCUCUUCGUCCCUCGAACAACUUCUCUUCCUUCCUCUUUUUCCUCUCCCUCUUUUCUCCACUCUUUCUCUCUCUCUCUCUCUCUCUCUCUCUCUCUUUCUCUCUCUCUCUCACUUUCUUUCCUUCUUUUUCUCGCCUGACAUCCUUCAAGUUUUGUUUUGUACGUCGGCCUACUCCUCCUCUUGCUUCUACUUAUCCUUCAAGCUCUCUCUGCUCUUCUUCUUUUACCUCUCGUUUCACUACUUCGUUUAUAUCAUCGUGAUACUCUCUCUCUCUCUCUCCCUCUUUUCGUGCUCUCCUUUCGUCUUUUCUCAUCCACUACGCACACAUACACACAUACACACACUCUCUCUUUCUCUCUCUCUCUCUCUCUCUCUCUUUCUUUCUAACAGCAAAAUCGGCACCUCUCCUCUAUCAACUUUACUACACCCUCCCACCCAUCGUCCACUUUUUACAUACAUACUCUUUUUAUCUCAUCGAACCCAAAGAAAAUAUCGUGAACUGUGAAAAGUCAGACUGAUAUGCGGUAAUAAUUGCUAUAAUAAGUGAUUGUUGAACUCGUAUUUCAUAAGUUUUGUUCGUGCUGCACACCGAAUUGCCGACAGAAUUGACGUCCAAGUGAGAGCUAUAGUGGGGGUAAACGUCGUAUAGGGGAAUCGGGAGUCAGCUCUUGUUCAUGAGCUGCCUGUUAGACGCCUCUACUUUAGACGUUCGCCGGUAGUUCCUCCGCUCACGACAAGAAGAACAAGAGAGUCUCUUUCCUUUUGUAGAAAAGAGAUAGAUAGAUAGAUAUAAACAGAGAGAGAGAGAGAGAGAGAGAGAGAGACAGAGACAGAGACAGAGAGAGAGAGAGAGAGAGAGAGAAAGAGCAGGUCAUCCCAACGUGAAAAUUCUGUGCUUCCAUUGGCGACACGACAGUGACUCCUUUUGACUUCAGGAUACACGAUAGAAAAAAAGAAGAUGAUCCUUGGAUGGUACAGCAUUCUUCUCGCCACCCUCUUGGCUUUUCUAAUUUAUAUCGCUUUCUUCUGGAAAAUUAAUUGGAUCAGAGCUUUCGUCUGUUGUUGUUGUUGUUGUUGUUGUUAUUGCAAGGACUUGCGAUGUCAGAACAAAAUAAAAUAUAGGAAGAUGGAAAAAUUGCCGCCGGUUUAUCCAAAUGGAUGGUUCGCCUUACUCGAAAGUUCACAGUUGAAAGUGGGACAAGUGAAACAUGUAUCAGCUCUUGGAGAAAAUUUUGCCGUAUUUAGGACCGAGAAAGGUAUUGUCAACAUUCUCGAUGCAUAUUGCCCACAUUUAGGGGCAAAUAUGGGCGAGGGUGGACGCGUGAAGGGAGAAUGCUUAGAAUGUCCUUUCCAUAAGUGGCUCUUUUGUGGUAACGAUGGUCGUUGCUUGGAUAUACCUUAUGCCGAUAAAGUGCCGAAUGUUGCCAAAACAAAAGCAUGGAAAAGCUGUGAGGUUAAUAAAAUAAUAUUCGUUUGGUAUCAUGCGGAAUCGGCUAAACCAAAUUGGCAGCCACAUACCCAUGAGAAAAUUUCUAAUGGGACUUGGCGUUUUCAAGGUCGAAACGAAUUUAUCGUUAACUGUCAUAUACAGGAUAUAGCGGAGAACGGUGCCGAUCUGGCACAUCUAAGCGCGGUCCAUGGACCAGCUUUGUUUCUUUCGGAGGACGUGAUGCGUUUCGUUCGUCACAGAUGGUCGAACGCAAGAUGGACACCGCAUUCGAGCGAAUCCAAUGAUGAUUCAUCUAAAACGUCAAUGGAAAAAAACAAUCCGGAAAAAGAGACGAUGUGGGAGGAUGAUUUAACAAAGAGAACAUCAACAGGCAAGACGACGAUUAACGGAGAUUCGAAGAAUAUGUUGAACGGUAGAACAACGAUGACGACAACAACGACGAUAUCAAACGGACAACAGAAUUCUUAUAAUUCUGAAAAGCAUAGAGCUAGUAUGACUCUUCGUCACAGUCUGUUGUUUCUCGAUCGAUUCGAUAUACUUGAGCUGAACGUGAAGGUCGAACAGAUUGGUCCAGGAUACGUCGAGUUAUUCAUCGAGACCACAUUCGGCAACAUGUUCAUCUUACAAACUGUGACACCGAUCGAACCAUUGUUACAACGUGUUUGUCACAUUAUAUUUUCUCCGCCAUUAUUGGCGCCUUAUGCCAACAUCAUAUUUCUCGGUGAAUGUUUGAUGUUCGAGAGGGACGUUGCUAUUUGGAAUCACAAGAGAUUCGAAACACGACCUAUCCUAGUAAGAGAGGAUAAAACCAUAGCCGCUUAUCGAAAAUGGUACUCACAAUUUUAUUCAGCUAAUAGCCCUACUUAUCAGACGGCAAUGAAAAGUUUGCAGUGGUGACGUAAGGAAGUCAAUUAUUAUUAUUAUCGUUUGAGAUCAAUCAUGCUGAGGACUCGAUCGACGAUAAUAGAACACGGAUAUGUUGUUUUAUUUCCUUCUUUCCCAUUCCUUCACCUUGUUACACAAUUAUUAUUUGAUCGUUUAAAGAUUGUAUAGGAAGUAAUGUUACGUUCGUUCUGAUAUAAAAUCAUUACCGCGUUGAACGAGGAUUAUUGAAAAUGUUUCGAAACAUUUGGAAGUUAACGUUCUUCCCGGUAAGUAAUGUAUAUAAAACUUAUAUCUCAGUGUAAGAUCAGAGUAUUAAGUGCAAUUUUCCCGAUAAUCAUAUAUGUAUGUAUCUACUUGAAUGCAUAGAUAUAGGUGUACACUAACUAGGCUAUAGAAUUAGAUUAUGGAAAAAAAAAAAAAAAAAAAAAAAAAAAGGAUGAGAUAUCUAUCUUCUCUUGCGAAAGAGAAGUCGCAAAGUAAAUAGAUGCAAUUUCAAUAGCAUAAAAAUAUGAGUAUUUAUGUGGUAUAUUAACAAUAUACAAGUUUAUAGGUACAAACGUUGAGAUACUUGUUAAAACUUAAUCCCAUUCUCCAAUGUACAUAGCACGCGGUGCAGGAGGUAUCACGCCUCUCGUCGGGAUGGGUAAUCUUCCAUAUAUAUGGUUGUACGGCGAUUCGAUUCUAUUAUCCGUGUCUGGAAAUUCAACGAAGGUCGUUUACUUGAUCGUUCAAAAGAUCGCGUAAUGAUCGGAUAAAAGGGGAUCAUCGGACACUGCUCACGAUUAUAUCGCACACGCUUACAAUUACACAAUAUAACAUAUAAUAAACAUAUUUUUUAAACUAUACAGUAGAACGGAGAGACACGGUCAAUGACCGGUUCUUCUUUCUCUUUUUCUUUCUUUCUUUCUUUUUUUUUUUAAUUACGUUAAAAAAAUGACGCAACUCUCACACACACACACACACACAAUCUCUCUCUCUCUCUCUCUCUCUCUCUCUCUCUCCCUUUCUUUCAUUCUCCUCAUUCUCAUAAGAACAACACACAGUGUUUCUUGUUUAACGUAGACGAGACACGUUCGAAUUAUCGUGAAUCGAAUUUCUUAUUUUCUUCUCAUUUUUCUGCUUUUUUUUUCUUUUUUUUUUUCUUUCUCUUUUUUUUUUUUUUUUUUUUUCGUUCACACCGACAAGUGUCGACCCACAUAUUACGUACCGAGCCCACUCUCAAAACUUCUCGCAUGGUACAUGAUGUGUGGUCGAUUUGCGGGAACGUGAUGUCCAUAUAUCUGAGACGAUUGACUACUUGCAUAUACGGAGCCAGCAUAAGAUGGUGCAGGUUGUGGUCUGAUGUGUCCUCGAAGAGGAAUACCUUUACUUUGUCCAUUUCUUGCCAUCUUCACGAAAUUAGGUACGCGUGCACGUAAUCCACAAUAAUAUGGAUCGUCUAUAAAAAAAUUUAGAAACAACAAACUGUAUCUAACAUUAUCUACCAUAUGAACAGAACGAUGAUCGUAUAUAUCUAAUGGUAUUAAUUAACUACAAAAAAAAAAAAAAAAAAAAAAAGAAAAAAAAAAUAAGAAAAAAAAAGAAUAAUAAUUCUUUGGUUCUUAUCUUACCAUAUUUUUUUCUAUCAUCGUUCUUGCUCCUUUUUUCUUCAUUCGCCAUACCGGCAGGUUUUAUCGUUCUCGAGUAAUCAUCCUCGAUGUCAUCGUAAUCAGGCUGUAUAGAAAUAAAAAUACAAAUUAAAAUGUACUUUGAAGAAAAUUCGAAUGGAAAAUUUUCUAACGUUUCUAAUGAAUUUCAUAAAAAGAAUAAGAAAAAAAAAAUAUAUAUAUAUAUAUAUACAUAUAUAAUUACCUUAGGUAUAUCAUGACCAUAAAGAUUUUCUCUGGGUGGAAGUUUAGGUGGCCUCUCAGCUCGUCGUUGCUGGUAACUUGUGGAUUGCAUGUAGAUUUGUUCUCGCGAAUCUCUCUCUGAUUGCAUUAUUUCGCUAGGUCCAACAGAGGAUGAUACACCAGCGACGCUGUAAGGAUCCUCAUCUGGAAUAGGUAUCCUUGGACGAUUUUUUAUAUCUACAGGCCUUUGCAAGGCUAAAACUGAAAAACGAUGUUGAUCGUUUAAUUAAAAAUAUCAUAUUAAAUGUUCAUUGAUAGAAUUAAAUUGAACGAAAUCUUAAAGUAAAUUUUUCUUAUUAUACCUGGUGGCAGUUUUGACUUGAGCAUGUCCAGUCCGACGACGUUCACGAUCAGAACCCAUACUGGACAUUGAAGGAGAUCUGCUUCCGUUCUUACGAAAACAAUAGCACUUAAACAUUGCAUCUCCAAUCUUCGUCUAUCGGGAUAAGCUCGUCGAGUCUCGCGAGAUAAGUUUGUUUGAAAUUUGUUCAUAUCAAACAACUAUAAAAAAAAAAAUCAAUGAUAAAGUCUAUUCAAUAAAUUCUAUUUUAUUUAA